GUCUGUGAAUUCUCAAUGGAUCGUGACCCAUGGGCAAAAUUCCGACGCCCAAACAGUGAGCACCCAGCCCAAUCAGAGGAGACACGCACGCACCAGCACCCUGGUGUGGCCGGUGCCCGGCGGCCAAACGCGAUGCCAUCUCCGUCUCCAGCCCCGCCGCCAGUGCUGCCGAUCUCGGAGCACGAGGACGAGAUAGUCGCCGCGGUGGACGCGAACCCAGUGGUGGUGGUCAUCGGCGAGACUGGCUCCGGCAAGAGCACUCAGCUCUCCCAGAUCCUCCACCGCCGCGGAUACACCCGUCGGGGUGCCAUCGCUGUCACCCAGCCCCGCCGCGUUGCUGCGGUUUCCGUUUCCAGAAGAGUAGCUCAAGAGCUUGGUGUUCCACUUGGGGAUGAAGUUGGUUAUGCAAUUCGAUUUGAGGACAGAACUUCAGAAAGAACAUGCAUAAAAUACCUCACAGACGGCAUUCUUCUCCGUGAAAGCCUUUCAAAUCCUGAGUUGAAGCAGUACUCAGUAAUCAUACUGGAUGAAGCUCACGAGCGUAGCUUAAACACUGAUAUCCUUUUAGGUUUGAUGAAAAGAUUGAUCAAGGACCGAGCUUCAGAUUUAAAAGUUUUAAUCACCUCUGCGACUCUUGACGGUUUAAAAGUUUCAAAGUUCUUCUCAGGAUGCCCUGUGUUAAACAUUCCUGGAACUUUAUUCCCUGUGGAGAAAUUUUACAGCACUGAUCGCCCAACAAAUUAUAUAGAAUCUUCACUCAGAACAGCUAUAGAUAUCCAUGCCAAGGAACCUCCUGGAGAUGUCUUAAUAUUUAUGACAGGAAAGGAUGAUAUUGACAAGAUGGUAUCAAAAUUGGAGGAAAGAAUUCGAAAUCUUGAGGAGGGCUCCUGCAUCGAUGCUCUUGUCCUUCCUCUUCAUGGUUCUUUGCCACCUGAGCUGCAGGUUAGAGUAUUUGCUCCAGCACCUCCAAACUGCCGACGCUUCAUUGUUGCAACAAAUGUUGCUGAAACUUCGCUGACUGUAGAUGGUGUCGUGUUCGUGAUUGAUUGUGGUUAUGUAAAGCAGCGCCAAUACAAUCCAUCAAGUGGAAUGUAUUCACUUGAUGUUGUCCAAAUCAGCAGAGUGCAGGCUGAUCAGCGAGCAGGGCGAGCUGGUAGAACUCGGCCCGGCAAGUGCUAUAGGCUAUACCCAAUUUCCAUAUAUCAGAAUGAGUUUCUUGAGGCAACAGUCCCUGAAAUUCAACGCUCUUCUCUUGCUGGAAGUGUUCUGUAUCUGAAAUCGUUAAAUCUUCCAGACAUCAACAUACUGAAGUUUGAUUUUCUAGAUCCACCAUCACGUGAGUCAUUAGAAGAUGCUUUGAGGCAAUUAUACCUCAUUGAUGCAAUUGAUGAAAACGGACAAAUAACGGAUGUUGGACGAGUUAUGGCAGAGCUUCCUCUUGAGCCGUCUCUUUCAAGGACUUUGAUUGAAGCAAAUGAAUUGGGAUGCCUAUCUCAGGCGUUAACUGUUGCAUCGAUUUUGUCAGCAGAAAUAACAUUGCGAUCAGUUAGCAAGGACGUGGUGGAUGGAAAGAGGAAAAGGCAGGAGCUCCCUGAUGGGUCUGGCUGGGGUGACCAUAUACAAUUGCUUCAGAUAUUUGAAAGCUGGGACCAAACUGGCUAUGACACAAAAUGGUGCUCUCAUCAUGAUUUGCAGGUGCGGGGUAUGAAAUUGAGCAAAGAUGUGAGGAACCAACUAUGUCAGAUUAUUCAAAAAAUUGCAAAAGGUUCAACUGAUGUGGAUGCAAGGAAAAGCCGGAAGAAUGACCCUGAUUAUAGAAAGCUGAGGAGAGCUCUCUGCGUAGGAUAUGGUAACCAGCUAGCUGAGAGGAUGCUGCAUCACAAUGGCUACCAUACUGUUGGCUAUAGGACCCAACUUGUACAGGUGCAUCCAUCUUCUGUACUGGAAGGCGAUGAGUAUGGAAAGUUUCCAAUGUACGUUAUUUAUCAUGAGCUGAUAAGUACAACUCGUCCAUACAUGAGAAAUGUCUGCGCCGUCGAGCAAGCCUGGGUUCAGCCUAUAUUAAAGAAGCUCGACAAAUUAGACAUAAACAGAUUAAGUGGUGGUUCGAGUGCACCGGGAGAUUCUGAACUUCUGGGAGACAAUAAGCAAGUGAACUCGUCAAAGAAUGACGUGGGUGUAAAACAAUCAGAGGUGGACAGUAAAAUCCAGGCAGCUCGAGAGCGGUACCUUGCACGAAAAGGCAAGAAAUGACAAUCGACACGUUUAACUGAUCGCUCAGCAUCCUUCUGGUCAGCCUGAAGCUUCUCUGAAGAUCAUACCGAGGAACCAUUCGUGUUAUUGUGGGUGGUGUAUGCUUCAACGUGCACAAACAAGAGAAUUUCUUAUGUAAUCUUUUGUUUGAGGACUCUAACCUUUUCUUUUAUUUGGCAUUACUGUGAUGUGACCUUUUCCUUGGGCCGAAAUAUUUUACAGGCUUUUCUGCAUGGGCUAGAUUCUUUUCCCCCAUAUUCCUAUAUGGUGUUGUC